GUGUCUUGACUCCCACCAUCAUCUUGACUUCUGCCUUCACUGCUCAGCGCUUGUAUCUGCUUGCUGUUGCUUCCGGCUUGUCAUCAGACCUGACACUGGAUGUCGAGCCGACCGCAGACGUCCAAGCCCCGAGGCGUGUGCGCCUACUAUAAGGAGCCGCGCGGUUGCUUCGCGGGCUCGCGCUGCAAAUUCUUACAUGGAGAACCAGGGCAGGAAGGGGCACCGACGAUAACACCCUACGAUGCCGCGAAGACAUGCCGCUUCUAUGCGAAUGGUUAUUGCAGACGCGGGGACAGUUGCUGGUUCAAGCAUGUCAGGCCUGCCUCUUCGUCCAGCCAGGUGACCACGGAGGAUGCGGUGGAGGACGAUCCGUGCAGUAUCUGCUUCGAGAAGCCCACAACGUACGGACUGCUAGGCGGUUGCAGUCACGUCUUCUGUCUGGAAUGCCUUCGUCAGUGGCGGGACCCCACCGGCAAAACGGAGGACCUCGUAAUGUCCCGCGCCCACAAGAAGUGCCCAAUGUGCAGGGCGAAGUCGGCCUUCAUAACGCCAUCAUCCGUGUUCAUCAAGCACGGUGAUCCCGCUAAGGACAAGGUCAUCCAGGGGUACAAGGAGAGCAUGGCGAAGAAGCCCUGUCGCCACUUCCAGGAGUCCAAGUCGAGGCCAGGUGGUCAACCCCAUUGUCCUUUCGGCAGAGACUGCUUCUAUCAGCAUCUCAACGACGACGGCACACCUUACGUCUUCCCUGCUGGCUAUCGGCCUCACCGUUCUAACCCUCGCAUGGCGUUCGGCCACCCCGCAUUCAUGGAUGGCACCUUGCUAACAAGCUCCUUGGACAUCCUCGACGGCAUCCUCUCAGACCCCGCUAUCGGUUCGCUCGCCGACAAUGCGCCAAGGGCUCUCGAAGCUUUGCGUGCCGGCGUCCAACGGUUGGGCAACGCUAUGUUCGGCGGAGCCCUUCACAACUUGCCUCUUGAGAUUACCAACACAUUGUCUGCUGCUGAGUGGGAUCUCAAUGUCGCAGCUGCACCAGGCGAAGGGUAUGAUGUCGAGGUCGGGGACUUUAUGCAUGAGCUUGUUACCAAUGCUGCGCGCCGUAGAACCCAAGACAGACCACCCCGGCCCGUCGAAGCAACUACACCGCGACCAGCGCCGACAAGUAAUCCCGUGGAGAACGAUGGCGACGACGGCGAUAACGACUCCAUGCCUGAGCUUCAGAGCGUCUCAAACAGCAGCGCGUCUGAGGGCGAGGGCUCAGAUGCGGAGACCGAUGAGGAGCACUCUACAGAUGGCUCCGAAUACGAGCUGCCUUCUGUCGCCGUACCAUUCCCGUCCCCGUGGGGCCAAGUUCGAGAUGAUGGCGCGCCAGAGCUCCCCCGAGAUGCUGCAGCAGCGGAGGCUGUUGCCGCUCUGUUUGGCCCCGGGUCGCGAUUCGCUACGACCGUUCUUCGAGGCCCCAUCUCAUCGCAUGACGUCGGUCGCACUCCCGACAGCGAGUCUGAAGACGAGAUGCCGCCACUGGAGCCUGUCGACCUUCCUGCCCCAACGACGACCAGUGCUGGGCCCAGCAGUGGACCGUCAUCCUCACGUACAUCUUCGUCUUCGUCCCCGCCGCUGCCGACCGAGUUCACCACAAACGGACAAGGGAGGGUAGUCUUUUCCGGGCCGGAGCCGAAGCCAUCGUCGAUCCCCUUCGCCGGGCUUGGUGACAGCGACUCCGAGGACGAUGAUAUGCCGGUUCUCGAGCCCGCUAUCGGUUCGAGUAGGCCGGACAGCCCGAUACCCGCGUUGGAAGCCGUAACUUCCUCUACCGGCGGGCCGUCGACAGGAGGCGUCUCUGCACCGUCUUCGGAGUCCCUCCCUUCACUCUCGUCCUCGCCGCCACUGCCCACGGAGUUCGUCACUGACGGCCAGGGGCGGAUCGUCUACUCCGGCUCGGAGGGGAGCGCGACGGCGAGAACGAUCAUAGGACGUAUGUACAACACGCUGUUCCCGACCAGCAACCUCUGAGGUCCUUGUCCAGAUAAAGAAUAGGAUAAAUGAGAUUGUCGGUUGUAUCAUAAGUAAAGCAAUGGAAGUCAAGUAUGUGUGGCUUUUGGG